UCAGAUGGCCAACAGUUCGCUUCCAUCUAGCCAGAACAGCGGAUCGAAUUAAUAUAAUGGCGCGACUUAGUGGAGUUGUACUGCUCCUGGCAAUCGUCCUUCUGGCCGUUUUUGUUGCACAAGGCCUGGCGCAGAAGAACCCAAACCGGCAGAGGCAGCAGAAGCCCAGACCGGCAAAUCAAAACUUGGGUAUCCAGAAAAACAAGCGACCAAAGCCCCAAAAAGUCCAGAAACAGAAACCCAACAAGCAACAGGUGCAAAAUAGCCAAGAGCCAAAGGUGUUCACCACAACGGUUCCUGAUUUGGGAAAGCUCCGUGGGCGGACUCUCACCACCGCUUGGUCAGAAAAGAAGAUAAUGCAGUUCCUGGACAUUCCCUACGGCAAAGCAGAGCGAUUUAUGCCAGCUGAGCCGGCACCGUCCUGGAAGGGCGUUCUUCCCGCCCAUCGACCCCACGCCGGCUGUCCAUCCAUUCAGGAUCUGAUCGUAUUCGCCAAGCUGGAGGAGAACGGCUUCGAUGUGGAGGACUGUCUGCGUCUUACAGUGAACACCAAGGCGAUGGAGGGCAAGUCGCUGCCGGUGAUGGUGUACAUCCACGGCGAUUUCUUCUACGACGGCGACUCUGUGGAGGCAGCUCCCGGGUACUUGUUGGAGCAGGAUGUGGUCUUGGUGUCCGUGCGCUAUCGUCUGGGACCCUUCGGCUUUCUGUCCACGCUGACGGACGAGAUGCCCGGCAAUGCGGCGGUCAGCGACAUCAUACUGGCGCUCAAGUGGGUGCAACAGCACAUCGCAUCCUUCGGCGGCGAUCCGCAGCGAGUUACGCUCUUCGGCCAAGUCGGCGGAGCAGCAUUGGUCAAUGUGCUCACCCUGAGUCCUGCGGUUCCGGCCGGCCUCUUUCACCGCGUCAUCUACCAGUCCGGCACGGCGCUGUCGCCCGCCUUCAUCACGGAUGCGCCCCUGGUCGCCACCAAGGCCAUCGCUCGGAUUGCGGGCUGCAAACAGUCCACUAAGGUGGAUCAGCUGAACAAGUGUCUGAGCCGCCUGAACGCCACCAUGCUACUGGCCGCCUUCAGCGUUCACGGCGAAAACCAGCCCUCCUUGUCCGGCGGCGCCUAUGGCGGUGUGCAGCUGGUGAUCGGAGGACCAUCUGGCAUUCUGCCGGAGCACCCUGGUCGCCUGCUGGCCGCCGAGAAGUUCCAGGCCUAUCCCACGAUGGGCGGCAGCGUCAAGCACGGCGGCACCUUCAUGCUGAGAGACAUUUUUGCGGAUAUCUUUAAUGAGACCAUUUUGGACGACAAAAUGAACGGCAGGCAGUACAUCGACACCAUUAUUGAACAGGCUAAUGGAGCCGAUCCCAGUGGAUCGUGGAAGGAGUUCUCCGACGAGGAGAUAUUCACACAGGCUGAUGUUAAGAAUGGCACCUUCAGGCGGCUGACCCCAGGUCUGAUCGAUCUUUGCAGCACCAUUUCCCUGAAGAAUCCAGUCUUGCUGGUCCUGCAGGCCAACGCGAAGAAGCUUCCCAAUAGUACGUACCUGUACAGCUUUGACUACGAGGGCGAUCAGAAUCGCUAUGCGACGGGUGAGGACGAGGCCAACUUCGUGCCCUUCGACAUGGGUGUCUCCUUGACGGACGACAACCUGUACCUGUUCCCGUGGCCGCGAUUCCUGGCCCUGAACUCGAACCGCGACCUCAAGGUGGCUCGGCGCAUGGUGGCCCUUUGGACGUCCUUCGCCACGACGGGGACUCCCCAAGCACCUGGACUGCCCACCUGGCCAGCGAUGAGCGACGAGACCGGACCCUAUAUGAAGAUCGAUCGCACCGUCAGUUUCGGGGACAAUUACCUGGACGAGUACCGCAUCGCCGUGGAUGAGGCGAAGUAUGGCUAUAGCCUGGUCAACGAGGACUUUUAUGAUUUGGAGGCAGCUCUUUUGGCGGCCAGCGAUGCCAACGCGGAGGAUGAACAGGAUCAGGAGGAUGUCAAGGGGCAGAGGGCUGCCAGUGAGGCUGGUGGCCAGAACUGGGUCUUCAUCGCCAGGAAGUCGACGCGUGUCCAGAAACAGUAGAGUUGCCCGGCCUAUCCACCUAAUUUAUCCCCUUAUUUAUUUAUAGCUUAAACUACCCUAAUAAACAUACAAGAG